AUGCUGCCUCCGCUAAACGACUUGGCGACCGGCUUCACCGGCUUUUUGCUUCGCCUACGGCAGGGCCAGCGCGGCCGUCCGCCGCGCAGGCAGGGCGAGGGCGGAGCGCCACCGGCGCCGCUGCCGGGGAGCCUGCCGUACCAGCACGCCGCCUGCUUCCUCCUCCUCGCGCUCUGCGUCCGCCUCCUCAUCCGGCGGCUCCGUCACCGUCACCGCGCGCUGCUGGCCGCCGACUGCGUCUCUCUCUCCGGCCACCGGGCGGCAGCGACGCCGCCGCUGUCGGGCUGGCGCGCGGUGAGCGAGCGUUGCGGCCGGGCCUCGACGCGCCUGCGCGCGCUCGCGCGCUCCUUCGUCGCCCCCGCCGAGCUCGCCGACGCCGUGCUGACGCUCGCCGAGCAGCUCGAGGCGCGAGAGGCGCAGGUGGCGCGCUCGUCGCAGAGGCUCGAGAAGUACCACUCGAUGCUGCACCAGCGCGCAGGGCUGAUCGCCUCGCUCCUCGAACCGACCGACGACCUCGCCGCCAGCGGAGAGGCACACGGCUCGACCGGCGCCGACGCCGCCCUGCAGCAGCGCAAGCUGGCAGAG